CCAUUUUGAGAAGUGAACGUAAGGAACAUACAUCUCUUUAUUUGAAUACUAUUUCUUUCCAAAAUGCCUCGAGGAGGAAGACGAUCGAGUGGCCGUUCAUCUCCUUUAUUUAGUAAGCCUGCACCAAAGGCUGCAGUACCGGCUAGACCUCCUCCAUCAAGCGUUGGUAGUCCACAACCUCGCCAGCCGGGAAUGCUAGGACAGAUCGCUUCUACUGCUGCUGGAGUUGCGAUAGGUUCCACUGUGGGCCAUGUUGUUGGAGGUGCAUUAACUGGAGGGCAUGGAGGCGCAGACAAUCAAGUAGCAGACCAACCAAUGGGUGGAUAUCAACAACCWUAUCAGUCAGGUCAACCACAGCAGAAUCCAUGUCAUUUUGAACUUCAACAGUUUGUUGAAUGCGCACAGAACCAAUCAAAUAUUUCCUACUGUCAAGGUUUCAGUGAAGUUUUAAAACAGUGCAAGCUCCAACAUGGUCUGUCUUAAAAAUUAUGGCUUGAAUCAAAGGAAAAUGGUGUCACAUUCAAGCACUUGCAGAUUCAUACAAUCAAGAACAAGCUUUGUUGGUGAACCUAAAGAGUGAGAACUGUCAUGACUUUAUUGGGAAUUUGGUCAUUUGUGGCUUGAUUUUUAUAUGUGAAUAAAAAUGCUUAAAAACAA